CCAUCUUUUUGAUGUUGCUUGUUCGCCCACGUAUCUUAAUUCUCGCACGCGGAAGAUUCAACAAUAUAGCUCAACGAUGGGUUGGAUGUUGUCCAGGUGGAACGCAGGUUGUGUAUGAGGUCAAUGUAAAAUGCCGAGACAAGGAGACAGCUGAAAGAUUCUUCGGAUGGCUGGUCAAUCAAGGCCAUGUCGCGGAAGUAGUUAAGAAUGAAGGAUUCUCUUCGGCUGAGGUCUUUACGGAUGUUGAGGAUGCCCGUAAGUUGGUUGCGAGAUAUGUAGUUGACAGUGUGGAAGAUCUAGAUGCGUACUCUAGCGGACCUGGGAUAGCACUCAAGAAAGAAGGCAUUGAGAAAUUUGGUGACUCUUUUACGGCGACGAGGAGAGUUUUACGUAGCGCUCAUACGGUUUACAAGUGAGGCCGCUGUUCGAUCCGAGGCAGGGUCAUUUUUGUUUCAUGCCGCUCC